CAGGGUUGUGUAAGCAGGGCACACCCACAGAGGACUUUUGGUAAGUGAUGUCAGAGGUCACCGCGAGUGUUGAGGUGGAUUAUGUGAGUGUUUCGGGGUGAGUGUGUCUCAGAGAGGUGGGAGGGCCAGUCUUGUGUGUAUAAAUACUGAACUGUGAUGGAGACAGAGCAUGAAAGAAGAGUUGGAGCAACAUUUUAAAAGACCUGAAUAGGAAGAGUAUCUGCAAUGGCCAACCACAAUGGUUUGAUUAAUGAUGUGGAUCUGCGAAGUCAUGAAAACAACUUGGCUCACCGCACCAGGGAGAUUGAUAGGGAGCGCCUGAUUGUUCGCAGGGGUCAAUCUUUCUCCAUAACUUUGCAGUGCUCUGAGUCUCUGCCCCCCAAACACCACUUGGAGCUGGUCCUGCACCUUGGCAAGAAAGACGAGGUGCUGAUAAAGGUUCAGAAGGAGCGUGGGGCCGGAGACAAGUGGUGGUUUAUGCAACAGGGAGUGCAAGAGGAAAUACUGCUGACUCUGUACAGUCCAGCGGAUGCUAUCAUUGGCGAGUACAGUCUGGUUGUGUUGAUGAUGUCACCUGAUGGACCCAUUUUAGAGAAGACCCACAAAAUGAAGUUCCACUUGCUCUUCAACCCGUGGUGCAAAGAUGAUGUAGUGUACCUCCCUGAUGAGAGUCUGCUCCAGGAGUAUGUUAUGAAUGAAUAUGGAGUCAUUUACAUGGGGAGCUGGGAUCACAUCAACAGUAAGCCCUGGAAUUAUGGACAGUUUGAGGACUAUGUGAUGGACAUCUGUUUUGAAGUCCUGGAUAACUCCAAGGACGCCCUGAAAAACUCAAAGAUGGACGUUGAGCACAGAUACGACCCUGUCUAUGUCAGCAGGGUCAUCACUGCGAUGGUGAACUCUAAUGGAGACAAGGGUGUGUUGACCGGUCGCUGGGACGACUCCUACUCCGAUGGAGUUCCACCGUACAGAUGGAUUGGCAGCGUGCCGAUUCUUAAACAGUGGAGUAAGGCCGGCGCAAGGGGGGUCAAAUAUGGCCAAUGCUGGGUCUUUGCUGCCGUCGCCUGCACAGUAUUGCGCUGUCUGGGAAUCCCAACACGCCUCAUCACCAACUUCUCUUCAGCCCAUGAUGUCGAUGGAAAUCUCUCUAUAGACAUCCUGUUGAAUGAAAAAUUGGAGCGCGUAGAUGGAAGAAACAAGAGAGACAGUAGCUGGAACUUCCACUGUUGGGUCGAGUCCUGGAUGAAGAGAGAUGAUCUGCCCAAAGGAUGUGACGGCUGGCAGGUUUUGGAUCCCACCCCUCAAGAACUGAGUGAUGGUGAGUUUUGCUGUGGUCCGUGUCCAGUGAAGGCCAUCAAGGAGGGAAAUCUGGGAGUAAAGUAUGACGCUCCGUUUGUAUUCGCCGAGGUGAACGCUGACAUCAUCCACUGGAUUGUCCAACGAGAUGGCCGACGGAAGAUGGUGAUUGUGGACCAGUCGGGUGUGGGGAGGAACAUCAGCACCAAAAGUGUUUACGGCGACCACAGAGACGAUGUUACUCUACACUACAAAUAUCCUGAGGGCUCCAAGAAGGAGAGAGAGGUGUACGAGAAGGCGGGACGCAAGGUCACAGAGUCCACCAAUGGGAGCGCAGAACCAGGACAACUCAAGCUGUCAAUCAAGCAUGCUAAGCCUGUAUUUGGGACAGACUUUGAUGUGGUUGUUGAGGUGGAGAAUAAAGGAAGCAAGGAUGCUCAUGCUAAGCUGUCCAUGCUGGUCUUGGCUGUAACUUAUAAUUCUCUCCACCUGGGGGAGUGCCAGAGACAAACAAUCAGUGUGACAGUACCCGCUCACAAAGCCCACAAGGAAGUCCUGCGUCUGCACUAUGACGACUAUGCCAGGUGUGUCUCUGAGCAUCAUCCGAUGAGGGUGAAAGCUUUCUUAGAGGCUCCAGGUGAAAGCGAACCCAUCAUGACCGUCGCCAACAUACCACUGAGCAUGCCUGAACUCCUCGUACAGGCGCCUGGAAAGGCUUUUGUACGGGAAAAAGUAACAGCCUACAUCUCCUUCACCAAUCCUCUGCCAGUUGCUCUGAAGGGCGGCGUGUUCACUGUGGAGGGGGCUGGCCUCCUGUCGGCCACUGAGGUCCACGUUAAGGGGGACAUAUCUCCGGGCCAGAAGGUGUCUGUCAAGCUCUCAUUCUCACCCAUGCGGACCGGGGUCAGGAAGCUCCUGGUGGACUUUGACUGUGAUAGACUGAAGGACGUGAAGGGAGUCGCCACUGUGGUUGUCCACAAGAAACAACUAUGGAAUUCCUGAAUAUUAUU